GCCGCCUGCAUCCGGCAGCCGGGUGGAAUUGCUGCCGGGCUUUCCCCGGCGUGCUUCUCCUAAUCAUGGCUCCGGACUCGGGGCCCUUUCCCGACGGGCAGUUUUUGAAGCUGCUGCCGGUGGAUCCCCGGGACCGGGGCACCCAGCGCUGCCGCCUGGGGCCGGCCGCCUUCCGCAGCCUGGGCGCACGCUUGGGCUCGCCGUUGAGGAUUACGUUGCCCGCCGGCGGCUGCUGCCUCUGCACGGCCUGGCCCCGGCGCGAUGGGGCGGACGGCUUUGUGCAGCUGGACCCGCAGUGCGCGAGCCCCGGGACCGAGGCGGCAGCGGGGAAGAUCAGUCUGGACAGCUUGCAGCCGGUGCCCUGUCCGCCCCUGCGGCGGGUCGCGGUGUGGCCGGUGCUGCGACCGCAGGCGGGAACCCCGAGCCCUGAUGCGGUGCUGGAGGUAGCGCUCGAGCUGCUGCGCCACCGGCCGGUGUCGCGGGGACACGUGGUGGCCACCCCGCCGGGCAUCCCCGGCCCCGUCGCCGCGCUGCACGUGCUGGGCGGGACGCCGGACCCUGAGCCCGCCGGCUUGGUCACUCCGCACACCCGCAUCACGCUCAGCGACCAGCCGCCGCCCCAGGUCGAGCCACCGGAGGAGGUGGCCCUUGGGGGCCUGUCGGAGACGGCCGCCUCCCUGCGGGAGCUGCUCCGCCUGCCGCUGCGCUACCCGCUCGCCCUGGGCGCGCUUGGGCUGGCGGUGCCCCGCGGGGUGCUCCUGGCUGGACCCCCGGGAGUGGGCAAGACCCAGCUGGUGCGGGCGGUGGCCCGCGAAGCGGGCGCCGAGCUGCUGGCGGUGUGCGCCCCGGCGCUGCAGGGCGCCCGGCCCGGGGAGACCGAGGAGAACGUGCGGUGCGUCUUCCAGCGCGCUCGGGAACUGGCCAGCCGCGGGCCCAGCCUCCUCUUCCUGGACGAGGUGGAUGCCCUGUGUCCCCGGAGAGGCGGCUCGCGGCGAGCCCCGGAGAGCCGGGUAGUGGCCCAGGUGCUGACGCUGCUGGACGGCAUCCACGGGGACCGGGAGGUUGUGGUUGUGGGAGCCACCAACCGGCCAGAUGAGUUAGACCCAGCGCUGCGCAGGCCCGGGCGGUUUGACAGAGAGGUUGUCAUUGGGGCUCCCACACUUAAACAAAGAGAGACAAUUCUGCAAGUGAUUACUUCCAAGAUGCCUGUCUCCAGUCACAUUGACUUAGGUCUCCUGGCAGAAAUGACAGUUGGCUACGUUGGCGCUGACCUGACCGCGCUCUGUAGGGAGGCUGCCAUGUGUGCCCUUCUUAAGAAUGAGAAGAACCAGGACAGUCCUCAGAUUGACGAAACAGACUUUCUUGACGCUUUGAAAAAGAUUCAGCCCUCAUCAUUUCGAAGUUCUAUUGGGCUGAUGGACAUCAAGCCUGUUGGCUGGGAACAGAUAGGGGGACUUGACGAUGUGAAGCUGAAGUUAAAGCAGUGUGUUGAGUGGCCUCUGAAGUUCCCUCAGGAGUUUGCUAGGAUGGGUCUGAAACAGCCAACCGGCCUUCUCCUCUAUGGCCCCCCUGGAUGUGCUAAGACCACUCUGGUGAGGGCCCUGGCCACAAGUUGCCGCUGCUCUUUCGUGUCAGUGACCGGAGCCGACCUCUUUUCACCUUACGUUGGAGAUUCGGAGAAAGUCUUGUCUCAGGUAUUUCGGCAAGCAAGAGCCAAUACUCCAGCGCUUGUGUUUUUGGAUGAAAUUGACUCAGUCUUGGGGUCUCGCUCAGUCGGCACCUUGGGAUGUGAUGCUCGGGAGCGAGUUCUUUCAGUUCUGCUGAAUGAACUCGAUGGUGUGGGAGUUAGGACGGUAGAGAGAAGAGGGAGUAAAUCAGACCACCAGGAAUACCAAGAGAUUCUUCAUCGGAAUGUCAUGAUCGUUGUGGCAACCAAUAGGCCUGACGUCUUAGAUGAGGCCUUGCUGCGGCCUGGAAGACUGGAUAAGAUGAUCUAUGUACCCCCUCCUGAUCAGGAGGGCAGGCUUUCUAUUUUAAAAGUCUGUACAAACAGCAUGCCAAUAGGACCUGAUGUUUCUUUAGAAAAGCUAGCGGCAGAAACGGGUUUUUUCUCUGGAGCUGAUCUUAGAAACCUAUGCAAAGAGGCUGCCUUGUUUGCUCUGCAAGAGAACGGACUGGAAGCAACCUCAGUGAAACAAGAGCACUUCAGGGAAUCACUUAGGACUGUGAAGCCGUCCUUGAGUCGGGAAAGCUUGACAGCGUAUGAAAACUUAUUUAAGAAAGGACUUUCUGCCUUGGAAGAUAAUUAAAUUUUUAUUUUAUUCAGUUUUUCACUUUCUUAUGGUUUGCAACUUCACACUUUCCUAGGAGAGAGAGACUUAGAGAGAGAGGCUGAGAAACUUGCUCUGGUAAACACCAUCUUACUUCUAGAAGGUAUAUUAAAACACUAA